UGACACAAUUGGCAAUUAUUACAAUUCAGACCAAAACAGAUCCAAAGGAAGACAAAAUCAGAAUAAAAUCCAACCGCAUGUCUCAGAGCAACACACAAGUGUUUCUGACUAAACGAAUCACCGUUUUUUGUGUUUUUGAAUGAAUGUGUUCAGUGAAUGAUCCACUGACGUACGAAAAACGAAGGUCGACUUGUGCUCCUGAAUUAAUUAGUGUGUUUGAACAAAUCGCUUGAAGGAAUGAUUCAAAGACUCACUAUUAAAGACAGUCCUUUGUCGCCAUCUAUUAGGUGAGACGAUGUAACUUGCAAAAAGAGUCACUGAAAUAUCCCAUCUAAUGCAGCACAGAGUAGUGAGGUGAUAAAUAAUUAUUACAUUAUAUAUAAAGUUUACUGUUAAAAUAUUCACGUGUAUUAUUCAGUUUUGUGGUAAAGCAUUCCAGUACCAGUGUAGGUCUAAUUAGAGGCGAUAACUCCCCCUAGCGCAGCACAUUGUAAUGAGUCUCCGUCGGUCACUCCACCUCCUCUGCCAGAGUGCAUCGCCUUGUGUGCUCCGCCUGUAAAGGAUAGGCUACUAUCAUUACUGCCGUCAGAUUGGUCGCAAUGCCUGGUAGUGUGUAAACCUGGGUAUUGAUCAUCGAGUAAUUUUAUCGGGGAUGUUGGCGUAGCCGCUGGGUUAAUGUUUGACAACAGAAAGCCCCUAGAAACGAUCCUGUCAUCUUGCGCAGCUUCAUGUAUGUCCCGAUCAUUAUCUGCACUUUAACAGUCUCCGCAUUCCUCCCUCUGCUGCGUUAAACCAAUCACAGCACGGACAGUAUUACAAUGGACACAGAUUCCGUCCACUCUGGUUAUUCCCACCACUCCAGCAGGUCACGUGGGUCAAACAAACAGAGUGAACGCAGCAGCAGGGAUCGGCACAAAUCACACAGUCGAGACAGCAGCAGCCGCUCUGACAAAAAUGUCACCAUCAGUGCAUCGUCAGCUCAGCCACAGCAGCCGGAUCAAAGCUCCGCCCCCACAGACGCCCAGGAUGACAACUGGGGCGAAACCACCACAGCGGUCACUGGAACAUCAGACCACAGCUUGUCUCAAGAGGAUUUGGCUGGCUUCGGGAAGGAGACGGAAGGUCCAGUAGAGAAAUUAAACUGUGUACGCUUCCUUCCUUUGGCCCUCGCCCUCGUCCUGGGCCUGCUGGUUCUGAUCACCCCACUGUCCUUCCUGGUGUUGCCACAGCUGAUGUGGCCGGAGCGCCUGCAGGCUUGUGGUACUGCCUGUGAGGGGCUGUUUCUCUCGCUGGCUUUCAAGCUCCUCAUUCUGCUGCUGGCUGGCUGGGCGCUGUUUGUGCGACCGGCACGAGCCUCCCUGCCCAGGAUAGCAGUAUUCCGUGCCCUGCUGGGGUUGCUCACGCUCCUUCUGCUGCUUUCCUAUUGGCUGUUCUUUGGUGUGCGCAUCUUGGAUUCACAGGAUGAGAACUACCAAGGCAUAGUGCAGUUUGCAGUAUCACUGGUGGAUGCUCUGCUGUUCAUCCAUUACCUGGCAGUAGUUCUGCUGGAGAUCCGGCAUCUGCAGCCCUGCUUUUCUCUCUGUGUCGUGCGCUCCACCGAUGGAGAGACUCACCACUACAACCUGGGACAGCUCAGCAUUCAGCGGGCAGCCCUGGUAAUUCUUGAACACUAUUACAAGGAUUUCUCAGUUCACAACCCUGCCCUACUGACGGCUGCAAAGUCCAGGGCAGCUAAACAUCUGGCUGGGCUAAAAGUCUAUAAUGUAGAUGAGUUUAAAGCCAAACUGAAAAGCUAUCUUUUGGAUUGUGCUGGUAGCGAUGCUGCAAGCGCUCAGUCUCGGGCUAAAAUAGCAGCUGCUGCCCGACAGAGAGACACCAGCCACAAUGAGCUGUACUACGAGGAAGCAGAGCAUGACAGAAGAGUCCGAAAGCGCAAAGCACGGCUGGUAGUGGCAGUAGAGGAGGCAUUCACACAUGUAAGACGGCUGCAGGAGGAGGAGAAAAAGAAGCCGCCAGGAGAUGAGAUGGAUCCACGGGAGGCAGCGCAGGCCAUCUUCCCCUCCAUGGCUCGAGCACUGCAGAAAUACCUGCGCACCACCCGUCAGCAGCACUGCCACAGCAUGGACAGCAUUCAGGCCCACCUGGCAUUCUGCAUUACAAACAACAUGACCCCAAAGGCAUUUCUGGAGAGCUAUCUGAUGACUGGGCCCACACUGCAGUACACGAGAGAGUGCUGGCAGACCCGGCAUUGGACGCUGGUCAGCGAAGCGUCGGUCACCAGUCCCCUCCGUCACGGCUCUGAAUUCCAGCUCAAAUCAUCUGACUUCAGCUUAGUGGUCACCAGCAAAGCUAUCCCUCACCUCAAACUCAUUGAGGAGUACGUCCAUCCCAAGUCCCACAAGUUUGUACUACAGCUACAGUCGGAGACCUCUGUCUGAUGGAUUCAGUUGCUUUUGUCUGUUUGGUUUUGUACACUUGUAAAUUUUGGACUACUACUAUUUUGUUUGAAUUCUUUUUCACUUUUCCAGUUUAUAAAUGGCAUUUUACAUAAUGGAUGUAUUUUGAUACAACAUUUGUUAUUAACAAGAACAGAAGAGGGAAUCCCCGCCCCCCCCCAAAAAAAAAAAAUAUAUAUAUAUAUACAUGUCCUGUAUGUAUCCAAUUACUUAGUGCUGACUGGUGUGUUUGUGCUGCUUGUCUGUAUGUUUGUUUCUGCAUAGAGCAGAUGCUAAUUACGUACUGUGAUAAGCAUCAGACUGAGGCAUCAUGGGUAAAGUUUUGGCAAGUAGAUAUUGUUUAGGAUAUCUAUGUUGGCGAAACAUUUAUUUUUUUCUGUUGACCACAACAUAAAUGAGGAUCAGAGCACACCGGAGAUUCUGUGAGAUCUAGUAAGGUCGGAAACAUUGGUUAGAGAGUUGGAUUUGUUAGUGCCAUUAUAGUAAUAUAAUAACCAAACAUACAUGAUCAUUUUCAGCCUGUUGGAUGGUUUGAUUUCUGCCACUUUUAUAUGUUUGGAAGAAAAAUGGGUAAUAUAUUGUGAGGAAAAAAAAAAACAGCAUUUCAUUUGUGAUUAAUAAAUUGUUAUUUGUAGUUUGCCUCUAAUUGUGAAUAAGGUAUUUUUAUGUUUAUUUUUUUUUCAAUGUGUGUAUCAUCCUUAAAACAAUGAUGUGUUUGUAAAAUAUAAGCCCAUUAAUGCUGCCUAACACAUUUAUAAACCUCGCUAUUGACCGUUUUUGUCCAAGCUUGAUGUUUUUUGCUUAUGAAGCAAAAAUAGAAAAUAAUAAAUAAAUAAAUAAACCUGUCAUGCCUUUUUUUGUACUGCUCUAGUGAAGUUUUCCACUAGGGAUUACAUAUGAUUUUUUUUUUUUUUUGUAUUUAAUGCUAAUAAAAGUAUGUUUUAUAUUAUUUCUACAUUUUUUUUUUAGUUAUGUUACAGCAUAUAUUAUUUUCCCAUUGUGUAUUGUCAGUUCUGUCCUAUCAGAUCAUACAAACCCAUUCCCUUUUGUUUGUCAGGAAUUAUCAAACAAUCUAUGUCGUAACCCGUAACAAGCUACAAACCUGCUUCAAAUAUUAUUUAUUAAUGUUACAUUUAUAAAAGUGAAAUAUUGCAGAUUUAUUUUACUGAAGAACCUGUUUGUAUUCGAGAAUCAGAGAAAUUCAACAGAUCCUCUCAGAUUCUGUGAGCAUUAAACAAACUGAACAAAAGAGGCACAAAAGUGUUUUCUGGUGAAACGUUUUCUGGUAAGACUGGUCAAAGAUCAAAACCAGGACAUCCUGUGCCAAUUUUUUGACUGUAUAAUACUUAAUGUUGGACAAAAGUAUUGGGCAUGUAUUUUCAUCAUAUGUUCAGCAAAAACAUGUUAUGAUUUGUGGUGAAUUCUUAGUCACUUUUAAAUUGGAAUUUGUUAUCUUCUUCAGUUACCCAUAUAUCUGUAUGUAUGUGUGUGUGUGUGUGUGUGUGUGUGUGUGUGUGUGUGUGUGUGUGUGUGUGUGUGUGUAUAUAUAUAUAUAUAUUUAUAUAUAUAUACAUAUAUGUGUGUGUGUGUGUGUCUGGAAUAUUUCAUCAUGUAUUAAAAAUGUACAUGUAUUUAUUUAUUAGUGUAUGUAGUUUACAAUAAUUUUUUUGUACACCUCUGCUUGUGAAUUUAUGAUUUAUUACUGUAAUUGCCAUAAUUUCCACUGUGGAUAUAAAAAUAUAAAAUCA